AAAUGGAGUGGGCGGGUGUGUGCGUGUAACAGAAUGAAUGAUGUCAGGGCGGACGGUGGCUCUCGCGGCGAGCAUGAGACUGGCGGUAAACACGGCGGCAGCCCCGGGCGAGCGCUGCCCCCGGCGCCCCCCGCCGCGGAGCCGCCCUCCAGCGGGGGAGCGCGUCCAGCUGCGGCACUGCUGAGGUAGCGCUGCGGGCUGGGAACCUCGCCGGGAAGUGUCGCCUCCGCUGACGCCCUUAAAGCCAGUCCCUUUGGCCAGGAAGGAGAAGAGUCUGAGGCUGCGAGAGGAGCGAAUUGCAGGGGAAGGGAGAGAUUGUGGCAAACUUUCUAGCUGCUUCUGCGUCCUGCUACCUCAGCGGUGGGAGUGUCUGGCCAUAAGGAACUGCAAAGCCCAGACCUAAGAGCCCCGAGGCUCCAAAAAACAAAAAGACUUCCAGGUGCCUUUAGAGGAGGAACUGCCAGCAGUGCCGGCUUUGCAUAUACGGCUGAGUAGAUGAUACAGCUCUAGAUGAAAGGAUUAGUCUUCACAACUCCCUUUACAGUAUCUGAAUAGUGAAAGCACAAUGGACACUUUUUAGAAUUUUACAGGAAUCAAAAAUCAUCUAGGAACAAAACGUUGGACUUAGAGGAAUAACAGACUCCAGAGAGCCCAGUAUUGGUCACUGAAACGGAAUUUGGCCAUACAGCUUGGGAAUGAAUACCAUUGAGACAGCAAAGCUUGAAGAGCAUAUGGAGGUUCAAAACAAUGACACUUCUAGUGGCUACUCACGACCUACUCUCUCAGUCAGUGAAGAGAACAAAAAUGGCACUAGCAAACCAAAGGGCUUGUCUAAUGGCUUGCGAAAAACAGCAAAGAAAUAUCCGGAUUACAUCCAGAUUGCCAUGCCUGCUGAGGCUAGGAACAAAUUCCCUCUGGAGUGGUGGAAAACAGGCAUCGCCUUUGUCUAUGCUCUCUUCAACUUGAUUCUAACGACUGUCAUGAUCACUGUGGUCCAUGAGAGAGUACCUCCAAAGGAGCUGAGCCCUCCCUUGCCUGACAAAUUUUUUGAUUACAUUGAUCGUGUGAAAUGGGCUUUUUCUGUAUCAGAAAUAAAUGGAAUGAUACUAGUUGGAUUAUGGAUAUUCCAGUGGUUGUUUCUUAGAUACAAAUCAAUAGUGGGACGCAGGUUCUUUUUUAUAAUGGGAACUUUGUAUCUGUACCGCUGUAUUACUAUGUACGUUACCACCUUACCUGUGCCUGGAAUGCAUUUUCAGUGUGCGCCAAAGUUGAACGGAGAUUCUCAGGCAAAGGUUCAGAGGAUCCUGCGGCUGAUUUCUGGUGGUGGUCUGUCCAUAACUGGAUCACACAUCCUGUGCGGAGACUUCCUGUUUAGUGGUCACACUGUGAUAUUAACGCUGACCUACCUGUUCAUCAAAGAGUAUUCACCGCGUCAUUUCUGGUGGUAUCACUUAAUCUGCUGGCUAAUGAGCGCUGCUGGCAUCAUUUGUAUCCUCGUUGCUCAUGAACACUAUACCGUAGACGUCAUCAUUGCUUACUACAUCACCACACGGCUUUUCUGGUGGUACCACUCCAUGGCUAAUGAAAAGACUCUAAAGGUCUCUUCGCAGACAAACUUUCUCUCUCGAGCAUGGUGGUUUCCAAUAUUUUAUUUCUUUGAGAAGAAUGUGCAAGGCUCUGUUCCUUGCAGCUUUUCCUGGCCGAUAUCUUGGCCUCCCAGCUGCUUCAAAUCUUCGUGCAAAAAGUAUUCACGGGUUCAGAAGACGGGAGAGGACAAUGAAAAAUCUACCUGAAGAUGGAAAAGCAUCUGCUCUGUUUUUUUUACCAAAACAUUAAUGCUGUAACCAAAGCUCUUAAGAGGACUACACUGUAACUGAAGAAGUGGACCAAGCUUCUGUGCAAUUGAUUGGAAAGACAAUUGUAGACUCAUAUUGCCAUUUCGUAUGUUUUCCUAUCAUCAGGCUGUACAGACCUAUUCUACUCUUCAGUGCUAAGAGAAUGCGCCACUUAUGGGAUUUUUUUAUUAAAGAAAAAUGGAGCAGGACUUUGCUUUACUAAUGAGAUAGAGGUGCCAAAGACCACACUAACACUUUUGUUACUAACUAUCUCUCAUCCACAGAAGCACCCAAAAAAAUCUCAUCUUCAGAGUUCUGGAGUGCAUAAGGGCAAAAAUAUGCUAAAAUGUAAAGGCACAAUAUCAGCAUAUUGAGGUAUAUAAAAAAAACCAAACAACACAGUUGCGGGAAGUGGUUUGUUGCAUUAUUCUUGCUAAUGAAGGUAAGGCCUUUGCGUGACUGAUACAGCUGGAAGCGAGUCUGACUUUUUUACACUCUGUGGGUAUGACUAUCUUAGGACCCUAAAAUAUUACUUGCCACCGUUAUCUGCCGUAUAUUCUGCUAUAUAAAAAUUUUUACAUUUUUAUUAGUAAUUUUAUAUUUAAACUUGUGCUACCUGAUGACCUUGCAAAUUAGGAACGGCUGCUAACAUCAGAGCUCAAGGAACCUAAAGUUUUAUUUUUAAAAAAGGACACAGUUUCAAAGUCUAAAUCUUUAAUUCCAGUUUGGCCUUGUGUAUAUAGCUAUACAGUGCCUAUUAGUGUAUGUACAUGCAUAUACACAGGAAAGCACACACUGCUGUGUAGUUCAACACGUACUAAACAAAGCUACUUACUGGGAAGAGUGAUCAUAUAGUUCUUAAUUCAGGCAAAAGUCCUACAGAUCCCACCUGCUUGAGGAAUGCAAGGCCAUGUCUUUAAAGUAAACUUUUUAAUUUUAGGAGCUAUCUCUUGCUGAAGCUACGUAGCAAGUUUGCUUGGGAGCCAUAGUUCUGCAUUGAAUUUCUUUUUUACCUGUUGGCACUAAUUUCUAUGAGUGACUUUAAAAACCAAACAAGUGCCAAGGUGGACACCUACAACAGUAGCAUUUCUUCAGUUACUACCUAAACCCAUUUCAUGUUAAAUAACACUGUGGUGGAACUUACAUAGAUUCCUUUUUUCCAGGCUUUCAGUCCAACUAAAACAGCCAGUUAAGCAAGUUGGCUGAUAAUGUGGGAAAUUACCAUGGCUUAAACAAGUAACCUGGUUCUCGUUCUUUUUGUUGUUUUGUGUUGUUGAGAAAGUAGAAAAUUAGCAUACCAUGUUUAACCAUUUGUGUUCUGUAUUAAUUUCUGCAGUUCAUCUUAUUUUCAAAUCUUCGGUAAAACCUGAUAGCAAAGAUAAAGCUGCGUUAAGUGUUGAAGCGAUACUAAUAUGAAGGAAAUGCUGCUUAUUUUAAGAAUGUCUUGAACUGAGUGACAAGCGUGAAAACAGUUUAAAUAAUGACAACUUGUUUUUAAAAAGUGCAGUUAUAAAAGUUAUAAAAUGCAAGUAUUUUUUUUUGAGUUAAGGGGAUCAAUUGCUGAGUUGUACAUGAGAAUAUUAUUGAUGUGCAUUUCAAAUAUUUUUGUGCGUUAUCAAAGUAAUACAAUAAACAACGUUCCUUACAAUAUGGCCUUGGUAAAACUUAGUGAAGAAAGAAAUUCAGCUGAUGUUUGGUUUUGUUAUUUAAAAUAAGCUUCUUAAAAUCUUACAGUAUGGCCCUGGAAGUUGUGUGUGUCUGAGCAUACCUAUGUUUUCAUUUGCUUGCUCCUGGAAGACCAUGCGUAGCUAAAAAGCCAGUAUCAAAACUUCUAUAUGAAAGUCCUUUUCCUGUAUCAUAUAAAUGAAUCUGUUCAAUGUUAGGCUGUAAAUCUCCCGAAAUACUUGUUACAUCAGUACUACUUCAUAGAGCGUAUUGUUUUUUGAAGCUGAAUUCUAAGCUUUGCGAUAUCUUAAAUAUGGUCAGCGUAAGCCACUUGUAGCAAUAAUAUCUUUCAGAAAUCACGAAUGAAUUUAAUUAGUGGUAACCAUGCCUUGAAAAUAACACCAUGAUGAGCGUUCCAGUAAGGAGCUUCAAUAGUGGUUUUCAGCUGGUGGCUGAAUAAUAAGUACUUAUAUAGUCUAGAUAGCUAAUUGCAUAACCACCACCAUUUUUCUAACAUAUCUGCAAAGUAGAACUUCUUCACACAGGAUGAUGGGGUGUUUUUUACUCUUAUUCCUAUUUCUGGGAAAAAAAAAAGAUGAAAGUGAUGAAAUAGAACCAAGUAAAGAUUCUACUUUUGUUAGACAGUGUGAGCUUUCAUCCUCCUGCUGAAUUAGAUUGAGACUUCUAUUAUAAUACAAAAGGAAAGUUUAAAUAGCAGCCCUAGCUCAAAAUACUUGAUUCCUGUUCUGGCUUGGCCCCACCUUAACUGCUUAAAUGGUCUCCAUUGUAUCAAAGUGCUGAAAAGGGUUUGUGUGUGUUUAACUAGCAGAAAACCCCACUUCUCUGUUCUCUCUGUACCUUUAAAUUGCUUUUGCAAACUUGGGUGGUAUAGAUGUAUUUGAGGACUUUAGGCCUAUAUGUAAGGUGAUGAAAUGGGUUAAGUAAUGGUAUAUUUUAGUGCUUACUGCUCUUUAUCCAAUACCAACCACAGCUGGGAUAUAAAAAAUAUUAAUUUUAAGAACUUAGUGAUCAUUGUAUAAAAAACACUAUAAAGCUGAAAACAUGGUUUCAUCCUAAGAGUAAAAAGGAUUGCAGUAGGUAGAAAGAAGAGGAGAAACUUAGACUCCACUUAAUGUACCAGCCACUUGAUAGCAGGCUUGUUUGGGCCACAUAUGCAUGUCACUGCAAUUUUUUUUCCCCGAAGUUAAAAUAAUAAUCUUGUUUACAAAUGUCACGAGCUGCACCUGUACUGUGCCUAGAAAUAAAAUGCUCCUUCUCUCCACUGAAGAGCAUUUAUAUGCUGAACUUCCCAGAUAUUUUUUCUUUUAGAAAGGCACUAUUGGAUACCUGGUGUAUCAGUUUUACCUAGAUGUUAUUGGGUGCUUUGCAUUUAUGAAACAAGCUUUCUAAAAUGCCUAACCCCAAUUUAAACCUGGAUUUAAAAGGUUAACUCGAGCAGUAAAAGAAUUAUGCUGUUCUGUGGUCAUGCUAUAUACGCUUAUUUGCAAUGCCAGAAAUGAUUAACAUAUACUUGAAACCAUUGUAAACUGACUUUUACAGUAUAUGCUUAGCACUCCCAUGUGGAUGAAAAUGGUACUAAAUGUUAAUCAUUCUUCAUUGCUGUUUGCUUGGAAGGAUAGUUGCAGGUGGGGAACAGCAGAAAGAGCUGUGCUAAACAUUACUGUAAUCUCUAGCACUGGAUUUGCUUCCCUCCUUAAAAAAAAAGGCGGGGGGGGGUGGAGAAAAGGAAUUGGGGAAAACAAUAAGACUGUAUUUAUAUGUUAAGAUACACUACCUUCAUGUAAUAGAGAAAUAAAGCUCAGUGACAGAGACAGAACUGGGAAGCAUUUUGAGAGAUGAGAGAGAAUUCUCUUAAUUAGAUUAUUACAAAUCCACUUAUCUGUAUCUUAAAUCAGAAUCAGUUCAAACUCUGGCUUUCUCCCAUCGUUAGUAUCUGGCUGGACAAUUCAGCCUAAGUUGUUUGGUUCUAACGCAUUCUUCUUCUUCUCGUUUCAUUAGAUGUGAAGUAUGAUUUACAGUUCUAGACACCAGAUCCAAUAACUUCAGUGCAAGGUGAAGUCCUUCCAUUACUUUAAAUGAACUUUCGCACAGCUCUUUUUUUUAAAACUUAAACCCAAAACACACACACAAAGAAAACCUAUCUUAAACAUUCAUGGGGUAAUUCUGAAAAUAUGUCCAAUCUCUCAGAUGCACUGGAACCACUUCUCCUUAUUGGCAGGCUUACCAACUCUAAAGCUCUACUGUCAUCUUGAUGUUUUUACAAUAUGUAUUUUGAACUUUCCUAGAAGUCUUCUCUAGGCACACAGCACUUGAGUGAUAAUGUAACACUGAACAGUUCUGAAUGUCAGUGUUCUAUACCAGACAGUGGAAGAUCAAUGUCCCGAAUGCAGUUACUGAAGAAAAGGGGUCUUAAAAAGAAAUACUUGUGUUGGAUAUCAUUCAGAUGAGAAUUGCUGCUUAAGUGCACAUAGGAAAAAUAUCCUAGUGUGCUACUGAAGUAAAUUUGCUUGUAAGUCACCCUUCAUAUGCUACUACGUGAUGCUUCCCAGGGUCUUAAAAGAAAAGAAACUGCGAAUAAAGACAAAGGGUUUUGUUUUGGUAUUUACAAGGGAAAGGAAAGAUGAAAACUUUGAAGUAGAUGGUGAUCACGUAUUGCUUUUUACGCAAAAUUGAGAUACAACUACAUCUAAUUUCUAAGUAAUGUAGAAUUAUGUGUAGCAGUGCUAAAUAAGCAAACAACCCAAACUACCAACCUCUAAGGCAAUAGUGCAGUAUGAAGCACUUUAUUCUACAGCACAGAUGUGUGUCUUGUGCUGUGACACAGCACCUCUAACUUACGAUAUAAAAAUAGAAUUCAGUGAGAGAUCCUUGGAGAUUUUAAAAUAUAUAAAUAUGAUUAGCAAUUUUUUAUAAGCUGUUACUCCAAAGUGUCGCUGAUAGUUUCUAAAACAAGGAAGCACUGCAGUGCUUGAAACAUACUGAAGCAUUUUCCAAUUGGCUCAAGUUUCCAUGGACUUAACCAUUUGUUUAAAUCUUAUUAACCUAGGAAUAUCAGGCUAGGUACAGGUAACUUAAAUAUUGUAGGAAAAAGUUCUGGUUCUAAACUUAUCUCUUACUUUGGUAGCUACUCCUUCCUAACAAAACACUUGGAGUGCCUGAGUGAUGCUUUAAGAUGAAGUAACGAUAUUGUGCAGUCUCUAGCGUCCAUCUAUAAUACUGGUGGUGAGGAUCCCUUCUCUCCUGGUAAAAAUAAGUGUUUAAAAACUCAGGAAGAUUUAAUUUGUUUUCAAUGAAAAUAUUUUGGUUCCUAAGGCCUUGGAGUUUAGCAAACACCAAGAGAAGUUGUGUGGCUGCGUGCCACGGGCCAACCUUCAGCUCAAAGAUGCGACCCAGGUAGGCGGAGAGCACAAACCAGCCCUUGCUGGAAGAAGUCGUUUGUCACUUUUUGAAUUCCAAUUAUAUUGGCUGCACACUGUAUGGUAUCCAUGCUAUAAUGGAAAAAAUUGCUGUAAUAUACCAUUAUAUUUAAUGUUGAUUUUUUUUUUCCAAAUGGUUCUGUAUUAGUUCCCCUAGAUGGAGAGUGUUUUUGUCCUUUACUUGCUGUGUAGUUAGUCAUAACUGGGUUUAGUUUGGUAACUAUCAAUGGGAAGAAUGUACAUCCAUUGUAUACAGGGCCUAAGGUGUUUUUGAAGUCUUUACAUGUGGGUUUCUUCUAGCAGAAAUACUGCUCUUUCAAGCUAUGCCUGUAUAAUAUUAAUUUCAGCUCUUGUAUUUGCCCUCUACAUAGUAAGGCCCUUAGGAGGGUUAGCCUUUGUGAAACUGCAAAGACUUAUUACCGUAACGUUUCCUUUGUGCCAAUUGAAAUUAAUUUUCACAAAACAACUUUGCUGAAGUGCGUUUGAAGGUGACUCUUCCCUUUGUGUUUGGUGGGCGGUGGUGGGUUUUUGUGUUUAUUUUUAAUGAAAAUAAAAAACUAGUCUGAAUUAAAGGCAUCUUGAGCAGUUGGGGGCCCACACGGGUACGCGGAGCAGGGGCUCUGCAGCAUUUGCAGUGUUGGAUGGAGCGCACAGGGGCUUCUCUGGGAAGAUAAACCAGGUUGUACCUACGCAGUAGGCUCUGAGUCACCUUUGCUUCUCCGUUUGAGCUCCUUUCUGACUGAGGGCACAGUACUAAAGGUGGCAAUAGCUAAAAAGUACAGUGAAGAACACUUACACACCAAAAAACUAUGAAAGGGCUGAAAAGGCAGGCUGCUGUAAAACCAGUCACCGGAGAGCUGUGGUAUAAUUGAGUAUAUAAUCUGGUGUUACUUCAGGCGUGUGAGUUGCAUGUAAAAUGAGUGGGUCUGUUUUCUUUUUAAAUUACUAUUGUCAUUUAUUUAAUUAGAGAUUACAAGAGUGCUGAGAAUAUCAAGAGGAAAUUUCUCUCCCUGCUUACUUUAACCUCUGCUAGUGAGGCGUUUAUAUAUGGAUCUAAAUCAAUAUUGCUAAACUCCAACUCCUCUUCUGAGGAACUUGUUAUCAGUGCUUUGUUACUGCUGUAAAAACUGGGUUUGCAUUCCACUUUUUUGAUAGCUUGUUGCCAUUCAGAUUGGUGCUUACACUUCAGCCUUAGGCUGCUUUGGGCUGCUGCCUUACUUUAUCUGCUUCUAUUAACUACCUUUUCUAAAUGGCUCAACACAGAAGAGAAGGAUUUACUUUUGAGAAGGCUCCAAAGUGGAAGCCAAAAGGUCUUCUUGUCAGACACAUCUUUGCACAAUUUGAAACUUGAAAUUAUUUUCAAGUACAAAACCUAACAUCCUAGGGCAUACUUUAAAUCUCAGGAAUCAGUUCUUGCUUUUUUAAAUGUUUAGUACAUUCAUUUGUUUGUUUUCCUCACUCAGCAGAACAUGUGAGAUGUGAAAGAGAAAUCCUGGGUGUUUUGUGUGGGUCAGGGCCACACCAAGGAACCCGAAAGAGGAAAUAAUGGUUUGGCUGUGGUUCUGGUGCUUUCCUUGUGACUUUGGGGAGGACUCUGACUUCUGUACAACCAGUACAGGAGGUCACUUUCCAUUGCAACAUAGCUUCAUCCUCCUUGGGUGACAGCUUUUCUUGCAUGAUUUCAGCUGAAUCGGCAGCUCUGUACAUUAAUUGGAGCUGUGCACCCAACCUGUGAAAACCCAGGCAAGACGAGCCCUUGGCUGCUGAGGAACCCUAGAUGGUAAUAUAGGAAUGCUGGAAUGCCUGCAUGGUAAGGAGCUCAUAUAUGACUUCUUUUUAUAGCUUUAGGGUCCAGUUCUGCAAACACUGUACAGUAUAAUGCUACAAUAACAAAUAAUACUAAACUACCUUUUGUGCUGUCGUUUCUACUAAUGUUUGCAAACUGGGCCUCAAUUUUACAUAAAUUGUUCACAAUUAGCAAGAGUUGGCUUUUAUGUUGCCAAACUUUUGGGAUGACGCUUUCUAGCACAUCAGCUAUUUUAGUUAAGUGGGUGAUAACUCAGCGUUGUGGUUUGCUGUUCACCAUGAGACAGAGUUGUGAUUUGUAAGAUGUUGCAAUCGUAUAUUCACUGUGUUGAAAAGUAAAAAAAGGACAAAAAUAACAACAAGUGCACCCCAAACUAUUGCACUAGCUGUACUUCAAAAGAAAAGCAAUAAUGUGAGCAUCUUGUAGCUUUUUAUCUCCAGAGGUGCUAUCUCUCAUGAGCACUUGCACUACUGACCAUGAAUGUGGUAAGAACAUGUUAAAGAAAUUGUCUUAUGUGGUUUACUCAGCACAUACAAGUUGACACUUUUUAUGGUCAGCCUGUGUACUAACAAAUGCAAUACGUUGUUGGACUACUUACAUGACCACACGCACCUUUAAAAAUCAAACUAUGUCCAUUUAUGGUGCUAAUGAUCUCUGAAUUAUCAAGAGCUGGUAUUCUCUCCUUACCCAUGAACAUUAAUGAAAGCUGUUGUGACACCUUUUCAAUAAAGCAACAUUCCUCUACAUUUGAAGCCUGUUCCAAAUGCUUUUUAUGUACAUAUGACCCGUUUCUAUUUGUUUUAUAUAAAAACUGCAAAAUAUUAUAGGAAGUAUUUUUAAUGCAGGAAAACCUUAGGAGUGUAUAUGGCUCUAGGCUACAUGUGCAAGAUCAAAUUUUCUUAUGAUAGCUAAUCUUCUGAAACAUGGUCUAAAAUAUAAGAAUUGUAUUGGCUAGGAUUAAGGCUUAGACUAAUAGUUAACAAAAAAAUCUGGCUUCCAUCAUUGUGGAAGCCUUGGAGAGAGUGAGGAUGAAAUGAACAAAACUGCAUUAGGAGGCCACGGACUAUGCCAUGUAGGUUCAUCUUUUGCUAGAACUUCUGAAAGAUAGACUUGUGAAGGAACACGUGUAACCAUAUCCAAAGAACAGAAGUGAAACUUGAUGUAAUUAUCAAGGCAACUCAUAGCAGGACAUGAUAAAAACACGUGAAUGAGCCUUGAACUAGGAUUGUUUAGAUUGUGGAACAGCAUUUUCCAACUUUGUUUUAAAACUUCACAAGCAACCUUUUCUUAAGAUGGAAAGUGUCGUGUGCCUUCUGUUGCAGAAGGUAUCGGGGUUUUUUUUCUCCUGUAGUUAUGAUUUUAUGUUGCAUAUAAGAAAGGACAGUGCAUUUCCAGCUCUUGAGAAGAGGCAUCUUUGGGCGCUUUCUCUCCACGGAGAACACAGAGCCUUUAGUUCUUGUUAAAGGCUCCUUCUCAUCUUGCAGUUGUAAAAGUGCCUGUAACACAUUUGGAAAUGCUGCCGUAGUCCCCUCUGAUGUAAGUGUGAUGCUCUUGAUUGCUAUGGACACAAGAACCUGCAGAGCGGGUGCCGUGUCCAGUACAGCGCCCGGCACCCACUUCUGCUCUGGAAUUGUCCCACCCUGAGGUUUUGGUCACUAAAGUGCUUUCUUCCAUAUGCUGGAGGGAGUUCUCUUGAAUCACAUCUAGUACUUCAAGAAAUAAACAGGCUUCUCUAAGAUCUGUUUUACAAAACUUCAGGUCUAGAAUAUUCCAGGUCUAGAAUAACCUCAUUAAAAGCAGAAACAACCCCACCAUCUGGGAUAACAGCAGGACUGGCUGUUGGUUUGGGGGGUUUGUUUUGUUGUGGGUUUUUUUGAGUGAAGAUGGACAGCCUAGUGACAAUAGUCUGUAUUCUGUCUUCUCUCAACGCUUGCUUUAAUAGUAGGAAGAGGCAAAAAGAGAACAAGGUCAUCCCUAGCAGUUCUCAACCACACUGAAAUACAGUUUUUCUAUCUUUACAUUGCUAGAUGCUUCAAAGAAAACAGGUUCUCCUUUUCAAUGUACAAAAAAAAAAAGGUGCAAUAGUUACAUAAAUAUUAAGAGAUAAACCAGCUGCAUGUUUAAUUGCCCUGCGAAAACAAAACCUUAGCGAGCGUGUGACGUACUGGAUUGCGCAGAUUUUUAGCAUUAGCAUCUGCUGUGAGUUACAGAAACGUGUUUGUCAGUGCGCUAGUCCAGCUCAGAACUUUCCAAUAUUUUCCACGUUCUUAUGACAAGGAGAGUGUUGUGGGGUUGUUUUUGUGAAUAAAGUGCCUGUGGAAAUAAAAAUCCCAAAGUUGCCUGCAAGCUUCAAGCAUAUAAAAGCACAGCCCGUACUUGAAGAUAAUGGGUGCUAACCCAGCAGCUGUAUAGAAUAACUGGUCAACAGAAGCCAAGAUAAAGCUGAGAAAGGAAUAUUAUAUUGCUUUUGAGAGUUUACUGUGUUACUUCAUCUUCCAAUGUUUCUGCUUGGGCCUUAACCCUAUAACUUGGUUUUCUUUAAAGAAAAAUAAGUUCAUUUGAAAUUAUAUACAUAUAUAUAUAUAUAUAUAUGUAUAUAAAACUCAUUUUAAUGCCAGACUUCAAUCUGGUAGAGAUUUUUCUUUUUAAUCUGUUAAAAGUACAGUGGCCAAAUGCUUCAAUGACUCAAUUCAGGGCACAACAGUUUGAGGAAUGGGUUUUUCUUAAGUGCAGAAUUAAAUGGGAGUCUUUGUUAUUACCACAAUAUUAGGACUGAGGAGGAAUGAUUUCCAAGUGUCAAGGUUUAAAGCAUUAUAGUGCUAAAACUUGUAUAUGUAGUUAUUUGGGGUAUGCAAAAUAUUAGUAAAGUACUUGGUUAUAUUUUGCUGUUAAUUUUAUGCUUUAAAAGAGGUUAUUUGGUUCCAAUUUUAAUUAGAAAAACUGACAGAUGUUGCAAUAAUUUCUGUUACGGUAAAGUAGGAACAUCUAUUUAAUGAUAUUUCAUCACAAAGUUUACAUUAGAUCAGUAAAUUUACUUAAAACGAUGAAAGUAGCUUUAUGGAAAUUAAUGUGAAAUUUAAUCUCUGGGCAACUUAGAAUUGGCCACGUGCCACUGAACCCAAUCUUUAAACUGCAUAUGGAGGCAAGGAGAGAAUUUCUUUAUCUCGUGCUACUUUUCAACUAGACUAGAAGAAAGUGAGGCUAGAUUACUAGGCUUGCCUAUUUUCUUUAUAGAAGAAUAACAUGUUUCAGCUGUACUGAAUAGCUUAGCUUUUUAUUUUCAGUCUGCACAACUUAAACUUUCCUUGAGACUCAGAUUUAAAGUGUCUUUGGUUCAGAUACAUUUUCACUUGCUCUUUUUCCCCUGUAUUUUUCUAAUAGAUGCAUUUUAUUGGUGUACAUUAUUAUUUCAUUGCAAUUUAUUGGUGUACCAAAAAAGCUGCAUUCUGUUCUGCUAAUCUAAAUCUCUGAUCUUAGUUUUUCUACUUGUCAUCCAUGGCUAGUAAAAUACGCAUUUGCUGUUUAUAUUAGAUUAAUGAGAGAUUGCAUCCAGUUGCCUUAAUUGCUUGGAGGAAAACUGACCUUGACCAUUUGAAGCUUUCUGUAUUUCUCAAAUUCCUGUAACUUCUGUAUAAUUGCAAUAAAACCUUUUUAAUAUA